AUGGCAGAGCUAGCGCUCGCAGUCAUUCCGCUCGGCCUCAAGAUAUGUUCUGGGCUUGUGAGCUAUCUGGGCGGGCUCAAAGAACACGAUGAUGUCAUGGCUCGACUCAAACGCCUCGCGGAAUCUCUCGAGGGCAGUUUCCGCUUACUUGACGGUUUUCUAAAGAGCGGUCAGCUGAAUACUUCGACCUCGCAGGCUGUGGUUCAGAUUCUACGUUAUUUGGGCAAUUGCAAGGACGGCUUGAACGACCUCCAGGCUUUUGGGGACAAGAUCUCGGCAACUACCACGCCUGACCCCAAGCUCGGAGACAAAGUCAAAGGCAGUUACCGCAAAAUAGUCUAUCCACUGCGGCAAGCUCAGAUUGCACAGUUGGAAAAUACAAUGGAAAGUCUUUGCACACCUCUCAGCCUGGCCGUUCAGAGCUUGCAGCUAGAGUUACAGGCCGCGACUUCUAAUACACUGACCUUGAACACUACCAGACUUCAACAAAUAUCAGAUGGUGUCUCGGUCCUUACAUCUGAUGUAUCUAGUCUUCGUGACCCAAUCUCGAGUAUCGAGAUGAAACUUCCAUUCCUUCAAGCUUCCGUCGAGGACAUUGCUCCCCAGAUCAACUUGAUGAUCCAAGCACAGUUCAAGUCACAAAUGGAAGAGAUCAGACACUCAUUCCAACAAGCCGAGUCUUCUUCAUUUCGACGGAACGCUCAGACAAAUGAAAUAUUGCCACAACUGCAAAUCGAUCGUCGAAACCCUGUCCCAGCCGUUUACAAGCUUGCUGCGAAGCCAAGUGCGCUCUCUACUAUUUCUUCUUCAGUUCUGGCCUGCUCUUGUCGCGUGAGGAGGCUACGCACUAGGAAGACACUUCGGGUUGGGCCACUAUAUUUUAUUGAUGAGACGAUGACCGACUUUGCUCACUACAAUGACUGUGAAUUCAGUUUUGUAGACCCUAAAUACUCACGAAAUCGUACAGUCAGAUUCUCCAGUAUUGUUCGACUGAUAAACAAAGCUGUUGAGAUUACGUUGCGUACGACUGGAGGAGCAGGUGGCUUUAGCAUCAGCCCGUCUUUCACUUACUUCGCAGAAGUCGAUGAAAAUAGAUCCCCAGCUUUUAGGGUUUUGGGCUUACUGAGGCGUAACAGGAUGGAAACCAAGUGGGCUGUGACAAACUGCCCAGAAUUCUUCUUCAAGUCGAUCAUAUCCAAACUGCAAGCUAUAUUCAGUUCAGGAACUGCCAGACCUACUGAUCUCAGCUCACAUGGUUCCUCGUUGCUUCAUUUCUUGUGUUUUAUUAUGAAAUAUGUCGACCGAAUGCACCUGGAUUGGGACCAGAAGCAACUCGUGUAUACCAUGGCCAAGCCAUUAUUCGAGUUCCUUAUCAGAGCAGGAACGCCAUUGUCAGCUGUUAAUUCUGCGGGAUGGAUGGCGUGGCAUAUAGUGGCCGACUAUUCGGUGCUCCCGGUAACCAUAAUCACUGACUUACAUGUCGAGGAUAUUGAAGUAGCUUCAGUAGCAAGGAGUGAAAUCUUUCCCGUUGGUCCCAAGCAGCAAGACUCUAUGAAGAAUUAUGAUUGGAAUCAGAAGUUUUUUGAAAGUUUAUUCGGACCACUAACGCUCGCCAUUCUACGCACAGACAUAGACGAGGCGAAGCAACUGAUCAACAACCGCCCGGAAUGCCUGGACGAAAUUAGUUUCUAUAAACAGACUCCUCUGCACUUCGCAAUAGAGAAUCCAGAAAUUCUAGAACCUUUGGUCCAAAAAGCCAGUCCAGAACAAUUAGUCCGGUCAAGCAUAGUAUUUGCUGAGAAGAUAACCCCUCUCGGUAGAGCAAUCCAGCUCAGUGCAGACAUUUGCUAUGACCAGAAAGAAAAGGACGGAACUUUCUGCCCUUGCACCAAAGCAGUCGAAAUUAUUCUAGCUGCAGGUUGUCCAAUUAUACCCUACCGUGACUUUACGAGAUCUAUGAUACCAUGGCAGAAUUCCUUUUGUGAUUUAUUCAGCUACGCUUCGAAACACUGCAAGCAUCUACUUGCUAAGCAGUUACAAUCCUAUCGGCGGGAACUGGAGCAGAUAGCUCAAAAGAAGCUACCGAGAUGGGUACACGGGGUUCGCAACUCUCUGGUAUCCGAGACAAGCGCGAAAGCCAUCGAGUGGGAUCGAAUACUCCGCGAGAGAGGCCUGCUAGGCUUUGGUCGUCUGUCGACAGUAUUACCUAACGACUUGAAAAGAAUGCCAACAGGGAAACACCAUUCGAGACCCAUAUACCUGGACAUUAAUAACCCCGAAGAUGCGUGUAUCUUCUGGGAUCUAGGAUUCUCCGACAUUGAUGAUCAUUGGGCAGACUGGGCGUCGACACAUUGGGCUAGCCCUGGUAUUGGCCGGAGCUUUCCACGCUUUUUGCGAACAGUUAGACCAGCUUAUGCAAUGUGGUUAUAUGAACAUUGCCCAAACCUAUGGAGUUUAGUUUGUGAGCACCGGAAACCUGAGUCACCUAUCUUUGUUCUGGCGGAAGUCAUUCUCAGAGAUUACGACAUGGAUAGACUUGGAUACGACGAGAUGGUACAGUUUCUCAUUGAUUCUCCUAUAGCCAUUGAAGACACAGACGAUUGUGUCUGUCCAUGCUCGCCCCAAGGAUGUACACCUUUUACUCAUGGAAUCAAAUGCUUAUAUACCAGGUAUAUACGGAGCAGGCCGCAAUCAUUUACCCGCAAAUAUGGACAGGUCCUUAGUCUGAGCCAACAUGUAACUGUUUUAAGGCAGGCCACCUUUCAGAAGCUUGGUAUAGAACACACAUGUAUCGAAAAACCAGACCACUCAGAAGGCGGGUCUUCAGAAAGCGAUUUUGAUACUCCAGCAAAGGAUUCAGAGAAGGAAAUGCACCUUAACGAAUUGGUCAUGGAAUAUCAGGCGUUUUUGCUCUGUGACGCUCACGAUUCGCUUGACGAAGCUGGAGAGGACUGCCAAGAUUAUAAUGUUGAAAUGGGUACCAAAAGGCAUCGGCGAGCUAUGGAAUUCUGGGAUUCUAUCUGGCCAUUAAGAGUAAAAGAAAUCGAGCAAGAGUUGGCAUCCUCGUGGAAUCCAGAUCAAGAGGUCUUGAAGGACCUUGGGGUCUCUCUUUGGUUGGAAGAUGAAGGAGAAACAGAGCAAUGUUCAGAAUCAUCAGAGGAGGAUUAUGAGAACAUGUUUCAUAAGAUGAUGGAUGAGCUGGAAAUGAUCGAAUAG